AUGGCAGACCCAGAGAUGGACCAGUUCGCACAGACUCGCGGCGCCGACGACCUAUUCGACGACGAGAUUAUCCCGAUCUCCACAGAAGAACAGCAGGCGCAGACAGAGGUCAUUACCCCCGAGCCAGAGCCAGAGUCACAGGAGGUACAGGUACCUGAGAAGCCAGCUCCCGAGCAGCCAGUUCCACGUGGGGAGACUCCGCAGCGGGGCCGUGGCGGUGAACGAGGCCGGGGACGACGGGGUCGGGGUAAAGGAGGGCGCGGUGGACGGGAGUCAGACCAAAAGCGAUCAGAAAGCUCUCCGCGCAAAAAGAAUCAUGUUAAUGCGCCUGCUGCCGAUGCGCGCGAGGCUGGUUCUUCGAAGUCGAAGCCCGAGAAGACCGAGAAGCCCGUUGAGCCUAAAGAACCUAAGGAGGAGACCGAUCCGGUUGAAGAGGGUAAUGGUGAGGAUCUAGCUGCGAAUGGCGCCGAGGCUCAGCGUGUGCCAGCUGUUCGUGGUGAUCGGAGUGCCACUGGUGGUUUGAGAAAGGUGUGUAGUGCAUCUCUUGCCAAGAUAACCAAAGUACACAAGCUGACUGUUUACUUCCAGCCUAAACUCACCGAAGAAGAACUGUCCAAACGCAUUGCUGCAGCCAAGGAGAACGCUGUAAAGAAGGCUGCUGCUCACGCUCGCGCCGAAGCUGACCAGGCGUCGUUCAUGGAGCGCGAGCAGGAAGCGGCGAAGAAACGUCGUGAGGAACUCGCGCACCGCCGCGUGAUGGAUAGUGAACGUGAAAAAAACAGACAGCGGAAACUCAAGGCUCAGACGGGCCGUGAGUGGGACUCGCAGAAACGCGAGGAAGAUUAUGACCCCCGCGGUGGAGGCAGUCAAUUCCGACGCGGUAUGCACGGUGGCGUGUCUGGCGCCGUGCGACGAGACUUUGAAGAGGCCCACUCAGAAGAGGCUGCCGAUCACUCCGGUAGUAACCGUGGUCGUGGACGCGGUGGUCGGGGUGGCCGUGGUCGUGGAUCCCCGCGUACCCCACAGGGGGAUCGGCCACGCAAGGGCUUAGCUGACAGUAUAUUUGCAACAGAGAGUCCUGCUGCGCCGGGGCUGGAUGAUAAGAGUGCAUUCCCUGCUUUGCCUGAGGCACCCAAGAAGACUGAGACGAAGAAGACUGAGACUAAACCUGCUCCCACGCCGGAGACUAAGGUUAAGACUGAGACUAAAGUCGAGUCUAAAGCUGAAACCGAAAGUGCCCCUGCAGCUUCCAAGCCACAAUCCGCAAUGGACAAAUUGGACUCUACAUUUUCACCUAUCACUGGAACUUGGGCAGACCAGUUUGAGGAUGAGUGA